AUGCUCAUUGCGUUGGAUGAGAACAGUGCCGAGUCCGAUCCUCACUCGCCCCAAAGGCCCGAGCUCCGCUCUCAUCACGCCAGGCCCGACAAACGCGGACGCCACUCAUUCCGCCAGCUUCACCCCAUUAACGCAACGGAUGGAUCCUUCGCGCAUCGUGAGACCGAAAGGCCUCCAAAUGGCACAGAAAGGUAUUCUGACGAGGUCUUCCUGAUUUGUUACGAUUCCUUCCCUGGUGCGCAUAUCAUCGUCGAAUCCAUGCCUAGCAUGCCAAGUCUUGCGGAUCGUCCUACCCCAGACUCGAAUCCAGCUGGCCAGCAUACUGUGGCUACGGGUAAUGCAAGUGGCUCCGAGGAGAAUGAACGCCCAGCACACGACAACUUUACCAUCAUGCUUAAGUGGCACUUCGUGUUGAAUUUUAACGUUGAGGGCGUCCAGUCAGUCAUCCACGAAUGUCAUCCUGAUAUGGUCGUUGACUCGGACCCAUGGAAAGAGGUACUCCGCAAAGCAAGCCACACCAUGAGAAGCUGGAAAGUAGCCAGCCUUAAGGCUAUGAAAGCCCAGAUUGGAUCUCAAAUGCUUUCAUCCAACUGUGAAAAUCCCGAGUCCCUAGUUAACCUGACCGAUGCAGAGACUCUGACGCAUUACUUCUAUCGGACAUUUAACGAAGAGGCUUUCUACACUUGUUUCAGAUGGACAUAUGAGAUCAUCGAUCUCAAGAACUCUCCGGAGGUAGGACGCAACUACCUUCGGAAUAUCUGGGCCAAUCUAGCCGCCUCCACUUCCCUCCCUGACAACCCUCGCCCGAGUCGGGGGCUGCAUCAAUUCAGCCUUCUACGAAGUCACACUCAGAAUGUGUCAUUGUCAUUACCGAGUCCAUGCUUCGACAGGGUUCAUUUGGGAGCAGGCCCGUGA